UAGGACAGUCUGACAAGUAUGGCCGCACAAGAACCGGUGUUCCUCGAACUCCUGGUUGUUGCCGUCUGCGGCUGCUUUGCCCCGAUGUUGUGUGUCACUUGCCCUAAGCAGUGUGAUUGCGGACAGUCGUUCACCCAAAUCAACUGCAGCAGUCGAGGAAUAACCGACGUCCCGAGAGGAAUUUACGAGAACACUUCGGAACUUCUCCUGAAGGCGAACGCCAUCGAGUCCCUCAGACGGGACCAGUUCCUGAGAUUGCGACAGCUCGAACGUCUGGACCUCAACGAAAACGUAAUCAUGACCAUCCAAGAAGGAGCAUUUAAUGGGUUGUAUCGAUUACAGAUACUCAAUUUGCGCAGAAAUCGCCUGAGGAGUCUACAAGGGGGCAUGUUCAGGUAUCUUACCAACCUACGGGAGUUAACACUACAAGGGAACCCGAUUAUAUGCCUGGAGGCUUACACCUUCUCCCAUUUGCCCUCGCUCAGAAAACUGGACUUGAGGGAAUUGCGCCAACUCAAGGCGAUAUCAAGGAAUGCGUUUAAUGGAUUGACUGCUCUGGUAUCUCUAUCCAUGUCAGAUUCCAACUUACGCCGCUUGCCUUAUUUACAACAUUUAACUAGCCUUCAGGACCUGGAUAUGUCCAGAAACUCAAUAUCCGUCCUGAAUGCAAAUAACCUUCAGGGUCUUGUAAAGUUAACGAGACUAGUGCUGUCCUUUAACCAUUUAUCCACUGUGGAACAGGACUCACUCGAUGACCUUUUUAGUUUGUCAGAGUUAGAUCUCUCUUACAAUAACAUCACCAGCUUGCCAUACAGGCUUUUUAGAGAUACCUCUUUGGUCAAAGUAUCCCUCCAGCGGAAUCCGUGGAACUGCACGUGCGUUGUUCAUUGGUUAGCAAGAUGGCUGCAAGAACACAUGCGCAAUGAUACCAGUCUGCUCCAGUUACAGCGAUGCGGUGGUUGCUUUUCUCCGGUCGAAUUGCGUAGGAAACUUCUCUGUGACGUUCCGUUGUCGAGCUUAAAGUGCAAAAGGCCGCAAAUUCAUAAGGUUCAUCCUACGGUAAACGCCACUGUAGGCGGCAAUGCGGCGUUGCAGUGCGAACUUUCACCUGGUGUAGAGACGGCAAUAAGCUGGAUAACACCGGAUGGGAGCAGAGCUAAGCGAAGCUCUUUCAGAGGAGGAAGAGUUAAAGUCGUGAAUGAUGGCACCCUUAACAUCUCAAGGGUCACCAUGUCCGACGCGGGGGUGUACCGUUGCAUGGCAACGAACGACGCUGGCUUUGACAACUUCUACAAAAUUCUGAACGUCACAGGUAGCAUUCUACCCGAGUUCGCCGCCACGCAAGUUCCCAUCAAUCUAGACGACAUUCCGGAAGUUGAUGACUUCGAUGUCAGUUAUUGCACGAAUCCUCGUGGUGACGAGGACGUGUUUCUUUUGAAUAGAACACAGUACACACAGAGAGAUGUUAAUCUGGAGCCGGAGGAUCCUCGUGUAAAUCCAACUGCAGACGCUACAAAGAUCCCCCCAAUGGACUCCCCUACCCAAAAAGACGAUGAUAAAGAUACGUUCAUGACGUUGUACAAAGGAUAUCUCAUUGCGGCUCUCGUUGCAGCUGUUUCCUUAGGGACCCUUUUGUGGAUUUUGGUCUGUGCAGUUAUGAAAUGUUCCAAGGAAAGAAACAGAGACGAUAGGAAGAAUAAAAGACUAGCCAAGUUAAAGAAGGAAGAAGCAUCGGAAUCACGAUUUAACGUGUCCUGUGUAAAGAGUAUAGACCCCGAGGAAACUGUAGAAAUACCAGAUGUGUAUACUGUAAGUAAACUGACAGGCAUUUUCGAAGAUAUGACUGUAAAUCCUGCCACUGAAACAAUAGUGUAAGCUGUGUAAAUGCAUUGACCUUAUUGAUAGGUAACCAAAUACGCAUUGUUGUUGUUCUUCGUACGUAUCUACAUCAGAUAUUAUAUGCCUAGUGCGUUUUCUAAAUAAAAGAAUUUGCCAGGAAACUACGUUUUCAGGACGACGACGCUGCAGCAACAGUUGAA